AUGUGUCCAGUCAUUUUAGCCACCGAUUCAAAUUGCAAAUGAACAAUUUAGCAGUGAAACCAGUAAUCGAUCAGCACACUGUUUAUAAAUUUGUCAACAUUCUGUCAUGAGCUACUUUUGCGUGUUAACAUUGUCUACUAGGAGACGGUUGUUUGGUUAAUUUGUGGUGUUAAAAACUUUUAUCGUAAGAUACACACGUCGUGAAAAACUAACUCCCCAUCGUUUUUCUCCAGUAUAAAUAGAGGUUGAUCUUAAGCUUAUUUCUUCACACUUCACACACAUACACAUACAUUAAAGACUAGGUAUAUAUUACUUAUUAGUAGUGAUCAUGGCUAAGUUUACUUCCAUCAUUGUCCUUCUCUUCGCUGCUCUUGUCCUUUUUGCUGGUUUCGAAGCACCAACAAUGGUGGAAGCACAGAAGUUGUGUGAGAGGCCAAGUGGGACAUGGUCAGGAGUUUGUGGAAACAAUAAUGCGUGUAAGAAUCAGUGCAUUCGACUUGAGAAAGCACGACAUGGAUCUUGCAACUAUGUCUUCCCAGCUCACAAGUGUAUCUGCUAUUUCCCUUGUUAAUUCCAUAAACUCUUUGGUGGUUUAAUAGUGUACGUAUUUUACAUAUAAUUAAUAAGUUUGUGUCACUAUCUAUUAGUGACUUUAUGACAUGUACCAGGUAUGCUUAUGUUGGUUUGGUUGUAAUAUAAAAAAGUUUUCGGAUAUAAUAAUAAGAUAAUAAGCUC